GCGUUCCAGUGCUCAAGACCCAACAGUGCUAAUGGCCCGACAUGACCCGGCCCUGCAGUCGACGGAGCUGCGCCCUCUCGCGGACGAACGCCCACCUCCCAGCCAGGCGACCAACAUGAUGGCGAUCGAUCCCGUGAGCGCAGCGCGUCUCGCGGAUCAUCGCGCGAUGGCGCAUCUUGUCAAGGCCUUUCCGACGACGGUGUCGUGGGGCCGUGCCACGGCCACUGUGAAGCGCAUCCGAAAGCUGCUGGAGGCGGUGGCGCUGCACUGCAGCUACAGCUUCAGCGAAGGCGCCCAGUGCUGGACACUUGCUGACGAUCACGACUGGACGGACGAAGAGCUUGACACGUUCACGACGCUUUCCGGCAGCGUCGCCAACAUGUUGCCCGAGGCUGCCACGGCCAUCAUGGGCGAUAUCCAGAACUUUUUGGCCUCGCCUUCACGGGUUAUUGGCACAAAGUUGAGUCGUUUCAAGGCCAAGCCCCCCAAGACGCAGCCUUUGGCGUCGAUGCAGCCUGAACAUCAGAUUGCCAGCGCCACGAUGGACCCACAAUCGACGCCUGGGCCCAGCGACGAGACGCCGCCGCCCACGGCUCCGAUGGCCAGACCACCGUUCAGCCUGGUCAUUUCGUUGUUGGUUACGCUCUGGCCUGCACAAGGACUUCAACAUAAGUGCACCACCGUUGUCAAGACGAGAAUUCCCUCACUGCUCAAGAUCGCGCGAAACUGCGAGACGCACGCCUUGGGCUGGAGACUCAACCCCAACGUGCAGUGGACGGAGCCCGAAUUGGACACGCUCAAACAGCUCAACGACCACCUUGCUCUGGUGGCGAGCGUUUCCGCCAAGAUGGCCAAGCAAGUCAAAUAUGUGAUCCCUGAGUUUCAACGCCUCUUUGCCUUGCCGUCACGCUCGAUUCUCGCCGAGCUGAACAACUACAAGAAGUAUUCCGAGCUACCGGUCCCCACGCAGACCGAAGCGUGGCAUGCAUUUGUCGCAUGCCGGUCGGCGGCGAGCGUCAAGCGCGAAGCCGUCGAGCGCGAAGGCGGUGAAGUCAACGACCCGCGGCCAGCAAAGCGCCCCCUGCGCAGCAAUAGCCGCCCAGACGAGACGCUGCUCCUUCGGCCGCAGCGCGUGGACAAGCCGAAUUCGAGACCAACUCGCAAGCGAAAGACUCGGACCCCGCCGACGGUCCCCACGACAGCCAUAUCCACGCGCCGUCGCGUCAAGUCGGAGCCCGAGGAAACGUGAGUCGUCACGGCAGCGUAGGCGCAACUCUCGGGAGAUUUCGUUAAUUGCAUUUAAUGAUUCUGUUAUCGGA